AUGCACCUGCCCAAACCAGACAUCUCACCAGGGAACCAGGUCGGGACCAUUGGAAACCUUACGAUACUCCCGAAUGACAGGAUGCCAGUGCUCUACUACUUGACGAAGGAGACCUUAUGGCAAUAUGUCAACGAAACCACGAUCUUGCCGGUCAAUGUACACAAUGUGACCGAAUCGGCGCUCAAAUAUCGACAUCCGCCGUUCCAGCUCGUCAUUGGAAGGAAGAUUGAGGGCAUUCGAGGCUCGUGGAGGUUUGCGGGAAGCAUGCUCUAUUACGAAUUCCCUGGGAAGGAGGAAACUCAGGGAUUGUUCUUCAAGUGCGAGCCAUCCUCCGGCUUCUCCGGGGUAUUCAUGUUCUAUCAACAGUAUGUCGCCCACCUGUUUGCAUCUCUUCAGUUGGUUUCUGAUUUUGCCAUCGUCCUUAUAGACGAGAAGAACCAAUAG